AUGCAAACAUCAACGACCACUCAAGUUGUAGGAACAAGAAUUGUUUCUGAAUCCAAGCAACUUCCUUUGCCUUUUCUGGGAGAAAAUUUGUAUCUUCGGUAUGGAAUAGCCGGAGGUUUGAGUGCAUUUUCAACUCAUGCCAUUAUGGUUCCGUUGGAUGUCGUUAAAACUCGAAUUCAAAUCGAGCCCGCCAAAUACAACAAGGGAAUGGUUCAAGCGUUUCAAACAGUGUUGCAACAAGAUGGAAUGAAAGGUUUGACUUUGGGCUUUUCUGCAACAGCUUUUGGCUACUUCAUUCAGGGUGCAUGCAAGUUUGGAUUCUUUGAGGUCAUUAAACAAGGAAUGAUGCAUCAAAUAGGAUAUGAACGAAUCAUGAAUGGAGAUCUCAAAUAUUUGCAAUUUCCAAUUUAUGUUUCAGCCUCUGCAUGUGCCGAAGCUAUUGCUACUGUCAUGUUGAGUCCAUGGGAAGCCAUUCGUAUUAAAACAGUGAAUCAACCUGACAAGUAUGGAGCUAUGAAUGUUUGGAGAGGCUUGGCCAUGAUUGCACGUGAAGAAGGUCUAUUGAGUGGAUAUUUCAGAGGUCUUGUACCCAUUCUCCUUAAACAAGUUCCAUAUACUGUGACUCAGCUGACCGUAUUCAGUUAUGCCACCGAGUAUUUUUAUCGAAGCUUGUUGCCCAAUAUGUUUGGAAAAUCAAAGAACGAUUUAAACACUAAACAACAAUUGAAUGUGAGUUUGGCAUGUGGUGUGUUGGCUGGACUUUCGAGCGCAAUUGCCUCACACCCUGCCGACACAUUGUUGUCGUUGGUGAACAAACCAGGAGAGAAGAGAAGUGUGUUAGAAAUUUUGAAACACAUUGGUUUUCGUGGAGUUUGGGCUGGUAUUGUUCCAAGAUGCAUUAUGGUGAGCUCAUUGAGUGCGGCCAUGUUUUUGGUAUAUGAUGGAACAAAGGUAUUGUUGGGAUUGCCAACCACAGGGGGAAAAUAA